UUAACCCGCCUUCCCCCCCCCGCUUUAUUUUUAUUCCCCGGUCUAGCCAGCAAUGCCCUCUCCGAUCGAGACGCCCUUUGCGUGGCGGGGGGAUGCCGCUGCUCCCGGGAGGGGAGGACGGGGCCGGGUUUGCGAAGUCCGCCGCGUGUCCCCCUCCCCGGCCCCAGGGGAGCCGGGGGUGGCCGGUGCCGCGCUGGCCUCCCUCGCUCCUCAAGCUGAAAUAUAAGGGGGCAGUGGGGAAUUGCUAGCUCCUAACAGCUACCUCUGCGGUGCUGACCGGGGCCUGACCUCCGCUGUCGGAGGGGGCGGUGGCGGCGAACCAGCAGCGCUGCGGGACAGGGGUGUCCGGUUACCCGCCCCGCAGCUUGGGCCGGCAGAAGCCGGUGGUGACACCUGACAGGCAGCGUUGCCCUCAGUCUCGGGGGCUGUGGGCGGUGCUGGUACCGAGGAACUGAUGUGCUUAAAAAAAAAAAAAAAAAAAAAAAAAAAAAUUUGUAAUAAAAACCCCCCGAAGACGCGGGGGAAGGCUUCUCAGAGGGCAGGGUGCCCCGUCAUCGGGGCUACUGAGCGAAGUCACAUCAAACCUGGGGCAAUGGGUGAAUUUCACUCUCUCUUGGGUUUCACCCUCGUGUCACCUGCGUGUGUAGAGCCCUGGAGUCCCCUGGGGCUCUGUGUGCCUGCUGACCACUGUUAGCCGGAACAGUUCUGUGGUUCUCUCUCAUCAGCGAUCGGGAAAGACCCCGGGAAAUCAAUCCAGUAAGGAUCGAUUGCAUCCACAAAAAAAGAUGGCUGCCUCAGGAUCGAAGGUUGACCUCACGCGCACCUUCACCUUCCGUAACUCCAAGCAGACAUACACAGGAAUUCCCAUUAUAGUGGCAAACAUGGACACUGUGGGAACAUUUGAAAUGGCUGUGGUUAUGGCAAAACAUGCAAUGUUCACUGCAAUUCACAAGCAUUAUUCUCUGGAAGAAUGGAAACUGUUUGCUGCCAAUCACCCAGAAUGCCUUGAGCAUGUAGCAGCAAGCUCAGGUAGUGGACAAGAUGAUUUGAAAAAGUUAACAAGUAUUUUAGAGGCCAUUCCAGCUAUCAAAUACAUCUGCCUAGAUGUGGCAAAUGGCUAUUCAGAGCAUUUUGUGGAGUUUGUGAAGUCCGUCCGUGCCCUGUUCCCACAUCACACCAUCAUGGCAGGCAAUGUGGUGACAGGAGAGAUGGUAGAAGAACUUAUUAUUUCUGGAGCAGAUAUUAUUAAAGUGGGUAUUGGACCAGGUUCUGUGUGUACCACUCGGAUUAAGACAGGGGUGGGAUAUCCACAGCUAAGUGCUGUUAUUGAGUGUGCAGACUCAGCACAUGGCUUGAAAGGACAUAUCAUCUCUGACGGAGGAUGCAACUGCCCAGGAGAUGUCGCCAAAGCGUUUGGAGCUGGUGCUGACUUCGUCAUGAUUGGAGGAAUGUUUGCAGGCCAUGACCAGAGUGCUGGAGAAAUUAUAGAAAGGAACGGCAAGAAGGUGAAACUAUUUUAUGGAAUGAGCUCUGAUACAGCCAUGAAGAAGCAUGCAGGAGGGGUUGCUGAAUACAGGGCUUCAGAGGGCAAGACUGUGGAGGUACCAUACAAAGGGGAUGUGGAACACACCAUCCUGGACAUCCUCGGGGGGCUGCGCUCCACCUGCACCUACGUGGGAGCUGCCAAACUCAAGGAACUGAGCAAGAGAACGACGUUUAUCCGGGUCACCCAGCAGCACAACGAGGUCUUCUCCUAGCCUAGGCCUGGGGGCUGGAGAGAGGGGUGGGGAAGAAGAGCAGGAAGGGCUGCUCUCUUCCUUUGCUUUCUCCUCCAUGUUGUGUUAGUGGCAAACUUCCCUCUCAGAACAGCAGUGUCAUAGCCAUUGGCUAUGGCCAGGAUUUGGAAGGGGAAGGUCAUGCUAUUAACACAAUGCCAUUGAUUCAAAAUGCAAUUGCCUCAUCUUUUAUUGUUGUGCCUAUUUUACUUUUUAAUAAUUUCUUCACCUGUUUUUUUCCCCCUCUGAUAAAUAGCUGCUGAAACCUCAGUUAACAAAGAAUUGGCUUGUACAGACAUGGCUGUUAACGCCUGCACACAUUCACACAUUCCCUUUUCUAAGACUGACCUGUCAGCUACCACCACUUUCUGGCAGUGCACCUUUCAGAAACUGCAGGCUGUGAGAGCAAAAGAUGCAAGGAAUUGCAUGGAGAAAAAAAACCCUCAAAUUCUCUUCAUCUUUUUUUUGGCUAAAGAACGGAUGUUAUGGCACAGAUGCCAGAGGUAGAUGGUAGAUGAGGCCUGACUGCUGGUGACAUGUGAUGCUAAAAAUGCCAGAUGUCUGUCACUUUCAGUUCACAGGGCUGAUGUUGCUGGUCUUAUUUAAACCUCCCUAUUCAAUGGGCUUGCCCCUUCAGAGAAGCGGGCACUGAAUGUUGCAAAACCAUGCUGGCCCCCCUGCCCCCAUCUGAGGAGAUCAUUCAGGUGACCACUUUUCAGAGCUUGCCUGCUUUAUCAUAAGUGCAGUUAUUGAAUUACCUGGGUUCCUGCUUUUACCUGCUCUCUGGGAACAGGUUUUUACGACAUUGAAACUCAGAAACUGUAAGCCUGACAAUGGGGGAUGAUUCUUUGUAGUCCUCUCUGUUCCCUUGCCUGCUCACAUCCAUUUAGCAAAGAUCUAAAAACGCUGUGCAGUGCAUUGUCUGUGGCCAGGUGGAGGAGGCCAGAGGGAUCGAAUUGCCUUCUGGUUAUGUGGUACCACUCCUUUGCAGUCCUUGACAUCAUGUAAAGCAAGAGAGAGCUUUUGGCAGAAUGGCCUGGUUGAUUGCAAGACACUGUCAGGCUGAGAUGGAGUUAAAGCAUUUGCUCUAAAGGCAGUAGUGAAUGUUUGAGACUCUGGGUAACACCUCAAUAAAGUGUAAUGGCCUGAUAAUUAAUUGAUAAAUCACAAUGAAAAUUUCUUUGGAAAUACACGUUGCAUCCACAUGAAUACCACAGUAGCUUGAUAUGAUAAAUGAUGUAAAAGUGAGCACCAAUGAAUUAAUAAUGCUUGGCCACUUACUUUAAACUGCUGCUGAGAUCAUAAUGCAGCUGAUGUUACUUCAGUAUUUCAGAGUCUUACUUACUUUCCCCUCCUGUAGACAUCUGUGGAAAGAGGCAGGCUUCCUUUGAAAAGCAAAAAAGUGAUCUGUAGGAAAAGGAAUAGCAAAGAGAAACUCUAGAAUUAAACUCACACGCUCAGAAAGCCAAUCACAAGGACUGGUACAGUUAACCAUGCUGAGAAGCAAAUCGAGGCCACAAGCUGAUCCCUGGUGAUUUUUCAGUGUGUUGUGCACAUUAGAAAAAGCAGAGGGUAUCUUCUAAAUUGCCUGGUAUUCUAAAUGUCUUCCAUUUAACAUGUAGGAUGUACUUCUUAAUUGUGGGAUGACCUCUUCCUCUGCUUUGGAAGAGAAUGAGGGCCUUGAUGUGAGCACAGGGGCUGCAAGGACCAUUUGUCUUGCCCACACAUCAUAAAGAAUGUGAAUGUCGAUUAGAAGCUGGCCCUGUGAAUCCAGGCCCUGAUCUCUGUUCCCUCCAGCCUGGAAGCAUCAUGUUAAGAUAAUGCCAGGCUUCUCCACCACAGAAAGGCAUCAUGGGCCACCUACUGCUCUCAGCUGCACUAGGCCCAGAGCAGGGGCAGUGUGACCUCUCUGCAUCAGUACAGCUGUGGGACAGCACUGUUCCUCUAUUUAGGUGAUGUAGAGGGGAAGCAAAUGGACACCUCUGUCAGGGGUGGGGUUGGACCACCACAACCCAGGCCUGACCACAGGUGUGUCUUCACACUGGUGCCUUCACAUGUGGGAAGUGCAGCACUCGGCUGGUCUCAUGCCCACUCUCACUAUUGCUUUUCUACUUUUUUUAGCUACAUUUCUAAGUGGAAUUUAAGAAAUACAUAUGCAUAUAAGAAAAUAUAUAUUUGUAAACAUUUUUUUAAAAGAUCAUGCACACACCAAACCAAGCAGCUUCAUGAUGGCCUCAGAACAGUUUCUUUUCCAAAGGGGACGUGCUGGGGGCAAGGGGAGGCUGCCUCUCUACAAGUGUGGCAAAUGGGGCCACUCUUCCGCCUCCUUUCCUUCCCCUCCUGCACAUACCUCUGAUCAGUGACUAAUAGGAGUGGGACAAGCUAUUCUUAAGCUGUCCUCAGAAUUCUUCAGUCUGUGGAUGACAUUUGAUGCCGUGAAUGGCGACUGAUAAAAUUUUGAUGUUAGGUAUUUGGUUUUCUGAAUAACAGGCCUUACCACUGUUUUGAUAAGCAGCAUGUUUUCUUUCAUUUUCUCCUCUCCAAAAGUGAGCAGGAGAGAGAAAUGAGAUGCAGAAAGGCUGAUCUGGUGGCAUGUCUGCAUCUCACCCAGUUAUAUGUGAAUUUUGUUCAGGAAUAACCACUAGCUAUGUCAGUGCUCACCACUGACACCGUAAAUGUGCAGCUCUGAGACAGGCUGGAAAAUACCAAAAAAAAAAAAAAAAAAAAAAAAAAAAAAGGCACUUGAGUCCCCUUUAACACCUGUUUCUGUGCUGCAGUUGUUGCCCUGAUCUUCUCUUAGCUCCAGGCCCUGUACCCUGCUCAAGCCUGCUGCCACUCCCACCAGGAACUGAGGCAGAGGGAACCAGGAACACACUUUGUCUGGCAGGAUGGUCCAAGUCAAGACCACAACCACUGACAAAUGCCAUGUGCCAUUUGUAGAUCUACCUCACCUGCACAUCUAACUGGGUUCUUUGUUACGUGGUGUCCUUUUGUGGGAAAUGAAAUUUUUAAAGUGUUUAAUAAUGCUUAAUGUUGAGUCAUUCUGCAUAACCAGGUCUUCUUUAACCCUACACUCCAACCCCAUCCUGUCCAGAGGAAUGCUGUGAGUGUGACAGCCUGUACUGUAGGCCAGAGCCAUGCCUGCUUUCCCCAGCCAGGCAGUUGUUAGCUCCCAAAAGCAGUGUUGAGGUUCCCACUGGCUCCACAGAGGUGCAGUUUAACAUACCAAAGACUUACAAGUGGGGAUGCUGAAAAGGACAACAUUAUUCAUUAAGCAGUCCCUGCUGAGCAUGUCUGCCUGUGGCUUCUUGAAACAAGGACACCUCUAACACCCUGGAGCUCCCAGUGCUGCUCUGGGGUUACCUUGCUGCAGCACAUUUUGCAGGGUGGGCUCCUGCCCGCAGAGCCUGGUUACCAGAACUCUCCUUGGGAGGGAAGGGCUCGGCACAGGAGCAGCCUUUGCUCACUCCCCAGUGUCUGUGUGGUGGCUGCAAGGAGUGCACUGUGCAAGUGAACAUCUCCCUGUAGCUGUGAGCAGUUGCUAAAGGGAGGAGCUUGAGAUACAAAACAAGCCACGAAGGUCUCCAUUCUGUGGGAGAAGCACAUUCCCAUCUGCUCAUUGGAACAUCCAGGCCCCAUUGGCCAUGGGGCAGGGGCUUUGGCUGUGCUUUGGUGCCACUUUCUUCUCUGUUAGGGCAUGAUGGGGUUGCAUGUCGGAUGGGGACACCCUGUAAAUGUGGACUCCAUAUUUACAGGGUGUCCCCAUCCUAUAUUCAACCCCAUCAGGAUUCAUAUUCUGAUCCUUUAUAAGGCAGGAUCAGAAGAAGCCUCUUUUGCCUUUGGGGGAGCUUUUCCCAUUUAAAAUGUGCCUGUCUCUUCUUUCAGCUAGUCAAUAGCAGGGGUAGAAAGGAUGGGGUAAGGAAGAAACGUGGCAGCUGUUGGCCAAGGCCCACUGUGUUGGUACAGGUGCUUUCAGUCAAGGACAUGAUGAGAGUUUGAAGCUUUUCUGAACCAAGCACUCCCUACUUUAUACCUGUUGAACUCCACUCUUGUGACAGAGUUGUUGCUGCAGCUUUCUGCGCUGUAUGUACAGUGUCUAUCCAUCACCAUCUCACAUCCUCCACCAGGGGAAGGUGCUGUUUAGUUGUUAAUACCAGUUUUACACCAAAAAUUCUGUUUUGGAGCCAGGAGGGCUUUUGCAGCCAGUGCCAGAUUUGGCCUUGUAUAGAAGAGGGGGGGCGGGGGGGAGGGAAGGGGGAAAGGCCAGGGCUCAAGAAUAGGGGUUUUCCCUUGCAGCAGCCAAGACCAGCAGGUGGGAGAGGGCCAGCCCUUCCCUGCAGGCUGGGAGCUGCCAGGGGCAGCGGGGUUGAAGCAUGUCUUGAGUAGAUGCUGGCACAGGUCUGCACUCAGGACAGACCAUCCCCUGCAGCCUUAGCUUAAUUUGUGGUCACCUAGAUGCUUAAGCGAGCCCUCCCAAACAUUUAUUUGACCCAGUGUUUGCUGGCUAAAGCUUUCAUACAUAAAUCAGAUUGGAGUCCAGAACUCCCUGGCGUUGCCUGUGAUAACUGUGAAGCGCUUCUGUGUCAUUGGCCAAAAAGCUGCUGGGCUUUCAGUGUUUUGCUGCCCUGCUCAGCCCUGCUGAGAUGGUGAUGAGAGCACUGCCCCCCUUCCUCUGCUGUGACAUCCCCGUCUGUGCUGCCCAAUCAUCCCAACUGCUCCCAAGUUUUGUUAUGCAAUAAAGAGAUUCACCCUGA